UGACAAACAUUCUCUUCACGUAAGGUGCUGCUCGGGAGGCAGAGGGGGAGAGAGAAGAGAUCGAAAUCUCUCUCUCGCGCGAGGGAUUUCUCAAUGGCUUUCCGGCAUCUCUUCUUCUUCGUCCUCCUCUCCGUUUUCAUCUCCACAACCUUCUCUCAAUCCCUCAUCCGACUCCCGACCAGCCUCCGCAAGUCCCAUGUCGAGGCCCACGACGAUGACCUCUAUUGCGACAGCUGGAGGCUCUCCGUCGAGACCAACAACGCCGGAGCCUGGACGAGCAUUCCUUCUCAAUGCCGCCUCUUUGUUCAGGACUACAUGACCGGCAAGCGGUAUGCCUCGGAUUCCGAUGUCGUAGCUAACUACUCCCUCAAUUUCGCUUCCACCGUCGAGAUCGCCGCGGACGGGAAAGAUGCCUGGGUCUUUGACAUCGACGAGACUUUGCUCUCUAAUCUCCGGUAUUACGAGCUCCACGGAUUCGGGUCGGAGACAUUUGAUGAGAAAUCUUGGGAUGAGUGGGUUGAAUUGGCGGAGGCGCCGGCCUUAGCGGCUAGUUUGAAUCUGUAUGAUCAGUUGAAGAAGAUGGGAUUCAAGAUAUUCCUCUUAACUGGACGCAAUGAAAAUCAGAGGAAUGUCACGGCAAAAAAUCUUCUUUUUGCAGGAUUUACCAACUGGGAAAGGCUUAUCUUGAGAGGACCUUCAGAUCAAGGGAAACUGGCCAUUAUCUACAAGUCUGAGAAGAGAUCAGAGCUGGUGAAUGAAGGUUACAGGAUUCAUGGGAGCUCUGGAGAUCAGUGGAGUGACUUGCUGGGAUUUGCAUUGGCCCAAAGGUCUUUUAAAUUGCCAAACCCAAUGUAUUUCAUUGGUUAAACAAACAUAUUUUUAAAUCCUGUAAUCUUCAUGUUGUUUUUCUUUGCUUCAUCCAAAAGUUAUUCUGAUUUCUUCCCAUCACAAUAAGCAUGUGUUCUUUUGUUGGAAAUUCAAGUUGUUAAUCACAUGACUUUCAGUUUAUGACACAAUUAGUUCAUAUAAAAAUGAUAACAAUCC